AUGUUGUUGAAGUGCUCUGCAAUAGCGAUCGUUGGUUCUGGGUAUCCUAAGCGCACCUGCUGAUGCAACGAAGUGAGGCGCUGUUCUCUGGAACUGCAAUACCCGCCCGCUGUUUGCCUGCAAGUACACGCUGCUCUUGUUAGUGCAGAGUUUGUGAACUGGUGUCGCCACUGAGUCACGUGGCUUGGAGAUGGGGUCACUGAAGAUUGUGAAAAAAGAUUGUGAUGACCUGUAUUACGGGAAGUUGCAGCACCAUUCUUACGUGGUUGUCGGGUGCACGAAGGGAACACGCUUAGUCGCUAAUCUCUUGCCAUUCGCAUGGAGUGACCAAAUGAAAUAUUUGAUGAUCAUCCCGUCCUACGGACUGCUCCUAGUUUGGUUCUUGUUUCUUCAAGCUCGUAGAACAUCCGGCUUCGCCAUUCUCGUGCAGCCAAUAGGCACAAACCCUGUUCAGCUUACUCCUAUGGGCAUGCCUGUUGCGGGUAUGGGAACCGCUGGAAUGCCCAUGAGCGUGGGAUCCAUGGGCAUGGGAUCCAUGGGUAUGGGUUCCAUGGGCUUGAACACAUUGGGACAAGGUGUCAUGACACCCGUGGGUGGUAAUGCCGCCCUGAACCCAUCUCCAGUGGUCUUGACGGACGCCAGCGGGGAAACCAAAGUGGUGAGGAGUACAAAUCCACUUACCGGUGCAAUCACACUCGACGCCACCGAGCUCAAAGACGCCCUGGGCGAAGCAGCUCCUGAGGACCCGCCACCCCCAGCAGAAGAGGAGGAGGCGGCCGAGUGAAGGAACAGAGCUGCCCGACUUCCUUUCGUCUAACACUUCAACAAUAUACGCUUACUGGGGUGCCGACGACUACACGCAGAAAGCGAAUGCGGCUAAUGAAAUGUCUUAAUUGCAUGAAAUUUAACUGUGGAUGUGCAAAAUUUUGUAAGUAUCCUUUCCCAUGCAUCUAACUUACGAACUUACAGAAAUAGCAAUGGUCAAGUGCAGAAGCCCGUUUUUGAGCAAGACAGAGUCCCAGCCCAUGAGGCAAGACCAACAGGAGGGAAUUGAAGAAAUGCCUCCCUUCACUUCCUUCGGCCGUAAGAUACUUCCACUUUUUGUACAUGAGAUGGCGCUAAGUCGCUGAUAUAAUUGGAGUUGGAAUUAACAGUUUCCUGCAUGAAUAUUUUAGUGGCAGUCGAGGAAAUCUUUCUGACAUCUCGUUCGCGAGAGGGUGAUUACCUGAUGUGUUGUCGGGCAUAGGGAAGGGCCUUUGAGGAAAGUGAAAAGUUCCAGGAUGUUUGCAUCACUGUGGAAAAAAGUAAGACAAAAAUAUUUCUGUCGGUAAAAUUUUGGUUUCGAGAACCCUGUUUGAAGCUUGAGCAGAAAAUCCUGUGCGGCGUGCAGCUUUCUUCAAAAAGAAAUAAACAAACGUUGGUAAAGGGUAGUCUUCAUAUUUACACUUUUUAUGCACAUACCCUAACCUAGCUGGUCAAUAAAAUUCAUUCACUUUCAUCGCCUAUUAACUUGCUUACAUAUAUCAGGCAAUAUAUUCCACGACGCAUACUUGCUAACUAUGUAGAAAUAUUUUUACAUAAUUGUUCGUUACUAAUAUAACCGUGCACGUGUGGCCAUCGUGUCAUUGUAUCCUAUAUGCUACAGUGCCUUCGGAUCAAAUAAAGCUCCAACGUCCAAUCGAACACAUCAAGAAUUCAAGUGUACUUUUGGGAGUGUUCAUAUUAACAAAUAAAUUGCACAUGGAAAUAUUUUAUGUGAAAAUGUGGUGUACGUGUCUUAUUCAGUAACUCACGUCAUUCAAUAUUUUGGUUCCAUAUUAUGAGAACACUUCAAUGAGCACUGACGCAAAGCUUGAAACAUAAGAUGUUUGUUUAACCCCGUUUCCUCUCUAAAAUAGGUAGGUCAAUCUAACCAAUUGUUAGUGCUGAGAGUUGUUGAGAACAGAUAUUAACAUGAAUUAACAAUGGACACUGGGGGCUGGUUUCUGAAUGCAGCACAUUGCCACGUUCACGUAAAGUUGAGAGUUUUGGGGCUCUUUGGCUCAUAGUGACGUUCCGCGAUCACAGCUGACGUCAUCGAUUGGGAUGUUAGCAAGGGCAAAGCACGACGACAAAAGAAGUUGAAUAAACGUUGGUAGAGGGCAAUCUUCAUAUUUACACUUUUUAUGCACAUACCCUAACCUACCUGGUCAAAAAAUUUAUUCACUUUCAUCACCAUUGGUCAAUAUUUUCCACGAAGCAUACUUGCUAAAUAUAUAGAAAUAUUUUUAUAUAAUUGUUCGUAUAGAAUUGGCACGAUGGCCACACGUGCACGGUUAUAUUUGUGACGAACAAUUACAUCAAAAUAUUUUUAUAUAUUUAGCAAGUAUGCGUCGUGGGAUAUAUUUUUCAAAGACGCGGAGAAUAGCAUAUCCUGUUCUCGCCAGCUAUAUAUGAGCCAAGCUGAACGUCUGACACAAAGUGGUAAAGGAGACUUGGGCCCUUGAUAUCGCUUACGAUAUUGUGGUUGGGUGCAACUGAAAAAAAGAAACAACAGAUGCAAUUACCCUGUUAGCACGGCCCUAUCUGACACUUCGUAAGACACAAAUGUGCUUUCAUUAUGCUGUACAGAGCAAUGAAAGAGCGCAGUUGUCCUCUCUGCAGAAGUGAUUGAAAUAGACGCGCGUUAGGCAAAGUUCUACAGCGCUGGACAUUCAGUGACGACACGGGAGAAGUAUUGGGACACAUGUCGAUCUCAGCGAUGCACUGAUGAUUAGUCCAUCUAUAACAUUCUGCCCUAUCCUGCUAAUGAUUCGGUGCUGCAGCACUUAUGCAAUUGUUGUUAAAAUUACCUGUUCGCUCCACGAAUGCUUUGGCGACAGCGGCGUUAAUGCGUUUUGACAUCUCCUUUGUGAUGCUUAUGUAUGAUUUCUUAUGUCUGAUUGAGCAUAUGUAAGUAUUUUUGAAAAAAGCCAACGAAGAGGUUCAGUGUCCGGGAAAUAAAGAAAUGGGGAACAUUUCGGCACGCACAACUUUGAUUUGAUAAAUUCAGGUUGAAGUUUUGAGGUGAAGUAGGUGUUGCAUGCACGUUUAUAAAAUGCUCUACUUUCACUCGAAAGGCGAAGCAUUCAUGGUGAAAAUAAAGUACUAGACAACUACUUGAA